CGGGUGUUCGGUAGUCGCUGUCACUAUAGUCAGUACCUACCUCGUAGCUUGCACUAGAGAGCCGCGGUUGCGCUUUGGCAUUGUCGCGUUUAUUUUUCACCUCCUCGCUUAGAACGUACUUCAUAGCUUUGAUUUGUUUACGUCUGAAUAUAUUCUUUUAGUGAGACUUUAAUUUCACUUGUUCAAAUACUCGAAAUAUACAUACAUAUUUAAAAAUAUAUGCGUAUAUUUAGUGAGGAAAAAUGGGUUGUGCGACGGGUAUUGUGAAAUAUUUUGUUUUUCUUGCGAACCUCCUAUUUGCGCUGAUUGGUUUGGCGCUUAUUAUUAUCGGUAUUUUAUUCAAGCUAAAUAUAACCGAAGCUACCAGAGUAAUUCCAGACAACUUCAAAUUUGCUCCCAUUUUAUCGAUAGUAAUCGGAACCAUCAUAUUCAUCACCGCCUUUCUAGGAUGUUGUGGAGCCGUAAAAGAAAGUCCAUGCAUGUUAACUACGUAUGCCAUCAUUCUUCUGACGAUUUUCAUCAUCCAAGUAGCUAUCGGUGUAUAUGCCUUUUUACAAAUUAAAAAUGGGGCACAAUUGCGACAAUCCAUUUAUAAGGACGUUGACAAAACAUUUAGAGACCCUAGCCCAGGCGCAGUAGAAACCAGAGACGCUACUCAAAGAUGGCUUCAAUGUUGUGGUGUCAACGGUCCAGAUGAAUACUCUACGAAACCAUCAAGCUGUUGUGCACAUGAACCUUGUCCGUCAGUCAACAACAAUGUCUUCUAUGAUGGAUGUGCUGACAAAUUGUAUUCAUUUGUAGUAAACAAAUCUCAGCUCAUUGCUGGAGUAGCUAUUGGAGUUGCAGCUGCAGAGAUAAUCGGAGCAAUAUUCGGCCUCUGUCUAUCAAGUUCUAUUCGAAACCACUACAGAAGGCACAUGUAUGCUUAAGAAACUAUUAAAACCAUGCCUACAAUUAUUUGAAACGAUUUUCGUUUAAUUGAGUAGGUAUGGUAUCAAAUUUUAUACGAUAUCUUCGAAUAUUAGGUAUUAUUUGUAUGUUUGUUAUUCAAGAAACAAAGAAGAUAAAAACUCCUGCGUUGUUGUUAGUAACAUAUGCUUAAGCCACAAUAAUAUUUUUGUUAUUUGAUUUUAUUUCUCUGAAUUUUUGUAUUCUUACCUCAAUAUUGCAAUUCCUAAUAAUUAUUUUUGCAACUACAAAAUAUAUUCGAAUUAGAGGAUAUUGAAUGUUUGUGAAACUUUGAAUCUCUCUUCAUGACACGCAACAAAGAUAUUGAUAGAAAUGUAACCAAAUGAGACAUUAAUAAAUACUAAAGGAUCAAACCGUUUUAUUUAUAAGUCAUACAAUAAUGGCCUUGUUAAUAUUCUGGGUAAUAAUUUAAGUUAUUACUUCAAUACGAUCUUAUUUGACGUUGAAAUCCGGCCAGAUUUUAUAUUACAGACACACAGUAGGUAUCUAAAUAAUUUAUAUAAAACCAGUAGGUAAGUCUUCAGCAGCUCUAUAAUCAAAUAAUGUUAUUCCUACACAAUUAUUGUUAGUUUUUAAGCAUCAUAAAUUAUUCACUGCAUUUUGAUUGUUAUCAUCAUAUUUUGGUGAAUUAUAUAUUUUCACUGUGUUGGCAACCUCUUUUAUUUUAGCUAGCGCAUCACAAAACUGGUCCUUAUUGUGAUACGGAAAAACUUAUUAAUUUUUUUAUAUAUAUUUUUUAUAAAUUACCUACUAACAAAUUUGUAUGAUAAUUCAGUUGUGUUGUUAUCUUAUACUGUAAGUUUUAUUUUAAUAAUAUUAGGUAAGUCCUGCUAUUUACUGUUUAUUUAUCUAUAUUGUACGUUUUUUUUAUUUUUAAUAGAAAGCGAUUUUGGUAUUUUGUAAUAAAUGUUGCGUUUAACAAGUACAGAGGUUUCUUCAUUUAAAAAUCAAAUCAAAUCAAAUUCUAUAGCAAAAUAAAGUGAAGGAAAUAGCCGCUAAACUAAGGUAAAUUUGUAGCCCAGCAGUCGUGACAUGACAGCUGAUUCAUCAUGUCAGUAAUAAUUAUAUUGUAAGAUAAAAUGUUUUUAAAUACCUUUGACAGUUAAAUAAAGGAGAUUAUUUUGUUCAUAACUUUA